AUGGAGUUCCUGAGAAGAUUGUCAACAUUAUCCGGAACUCAUACGAUGGGCUACAGUGCAAAGUCGUGCAUGGAUAACAGCUGACAGAUGCAUUCCAAGUGAGAACCGGAUAUAGACAGAACUGCUUACUCUCGCCCUUUUUCUUCUGGUGGUCGACUGGCUUAUGAAGAUUUCCACAUAUGAAGAAAAGCACUGAAUACAAUGGACAGCUCAGAAGGAACUAAAAGAUUUGAACUUCGCAAAUAGCCUAGCCCUCCUAUCCCAUACACAACAACAAAUGCAGAUGAAGACAGCUACCGUAGCAGAAGCCUAUGCAUCAGUGGGCCUCAACAUACACAAACAAAAAAGCAAGAUCCCCAAAUAUAACACAAAGAACACCAACCCAAUCACAUGUGAAGGAGAAGCUCUGGAAGAGGUGGAAUCCUUCACGUACCUGGGAAGAAUCAUGAUGGACAAGAAGGUUCAGAUGAAGACGUAAAGGGGAAGACUGACAAAGCAAGGGCCGCUUUCCUACAAUUGAAGAACAUAUGGAACUCAAAAUAACUUUCAACCAAUAUCAAAGUGAAAAUCUUCAAUACGAAAGUCAAGACAGUCAGUCCUACUGUAUGGAGCUGAAACUUGGAGAACUACUACAACCGUCAUCAAAAAGGCACAAGUAUUUGUAAAUAGUUGUUUACGCAAGAUACUCAACCUCCAGUAGCCGGAUACCAUCAGCAACAGUCUUCUGUUGGAGAUAACAAACCAGCUUCCGGCUGAAGAGGAAAUUAGUGAAAGACGAUGGAAAUAGAUAGAAUAUACAUUGCGCAAGUCACCAAACUGCAUCACGAGGCAAGCCCUGACUUGGAAUCCUAAAGGGAAUCGAUUCUAUUUCCCGACGUAAUGUGUUCUUUGGCCUUCUUUUUCGCUUCCCUUUAGGAUUUUAUAUAUCUAUAAAAAUUGUUGCUCUGGCUGUUAGAAGGGGCAUCGACCUUGUGACUUCCGAAAAAUUUAGGCUUUCAUCCUGAGGCGUCAUAAUUUUUCCUUCAAUCCCCAUGGUAGAGUUUAAAUGGUUUAAUUUGUUUAAUCUGGUUGGCGUGUUUUUGGCAAGAUUUUUUUCUACGGGAUGGGGUUGCCCACCCCAUAACCCAACCCUCAUCUUUUGUGUGAGCUUGGGACCGGCAGUAGCUUUAGGAGAGCUACAGGCGGAAUUUGAUUAGUCAUACUUUAUAAUUAAUUUUACCUACUAGUUAACUUCAUCAAACAUUUAGGUCAUAAGUUUAAUCUUUUCACAAUUACUGAAUAACUUAUCAUUUUAUUUUUUCUCUGAAAAUUCAAUAUAAUAAUAUUGAAAAUAAAACUUUGUCUAAGUGCAUUGUUUUAGACAUUUUUAUUGGUUUAUCAAUGUCUGAUAAGCUUAAAUAAAUUUGAUUCAAGUUAACAUAUAAAUGUGAUAACCUCAUAAAAGGCUAAAUUAUUCUUGUUGAAUACCAUGAUUAUUAGAUUGUCAUUUUUUCGUUUAGUAUUACUAAUAUGUUUUGUAGAUUUUCUAAUAUGUAUGCCAAAUAAUAAGAUAAAUUUUACCGGUAGUGCAACAACAACAACAACUACUACUACACUUACCACAGGUACUACUAGAACUGUUACUACUAUUGAGCCUAUUACAACUACAACUUCUGAACCAACUACAACUCAUGGUGUAAUUACAAUAACAAAUGGAGAAACCACUGAAACAUCACUGAUAGUAACAACUAUUGGUUCUUUGAGCAGUAACAUAACUAACUCAUCAACAACUUUGCUGAAUCCUAUAAACACUUCCUCACUACAUUUCAAUAAUUCAUCCUUAAAUGUAAGAGAAGAGAGUAAUUUAUCGAAUGGGACAGUAAAUACUACUGAGUUCAUGCAAAGUACAGCUUUGCCAACAACUACAAAGAAUGACAUAAAUGGAACAACUAUCGGAUAUCCCAGAACAACUUUAUCACCACCAAUAGAAAAACAUGCUAAUAACUUAACUAAUACUACUAAUCCUUCAACUAAUUCAUCUCGACGACACUCUAUAAAAGGAAGAGUUAUUUUAGCUACAACACGUGAACAAGGUAGUAGAGUAUGGGGAUUAACUGCAGCAAAAGCUGAAUUGGCUUGUCAUAGAUUUAUAACUAAUCGUAGAAUUACUUCACCAUUAACCAAUAGGACAAGCAAUGAAAAUGUUAAACCAACUGAUUUAUAUCAAGCUCAUUUAUUAUCUGUUACAUCAAAUGAUGAGGUAAGUGUUGACUAUUUUUUUAAAUACAUGUCACAUGAGCGUACGAUAGCUUAUAAUCCAUGAAGUUUUCAUUGAUUUCUGUGCUUUAUUUCAAAUUAGCUUGAAAAGCGAUAAACAACUGUUGAAUAUGCAAGUUUCUUUGUUCAUUUUUCAAGCAGUUAAAAAGGAAAUAUAAUUACAAAGGGAAAUUCGGCAAGACUAUAAUUUAUGGACGAACCAAUCAGGUAUAAGAUAACAGGUCUCGGAUUUUGGCGCGAAAUUCACUCAAUUCAUUUGGCUAAAUAGAGUUUUGGCAUUAUAGCUGAUGCCAGUUCGUGAUGAGAACCCUAAAUCUAUUUCCUAACCUUAACCAUCAACUGUAAAUCAUAAUUCGAAUUCCUCACACUAAUUUAUAACCCUCAUUUUGUACUAGUUAUCAGGUAGACACUCCCAAGGUCAGUCUAAUGUCGCUCAAUGGUUGUCCAUAAAUUAUAGUCUCAACGGAAAUUCUCUUCAAAAUGAAUUAAAUUACAUAUCUGUUUAUUAUAUUGUUUUGUAUUAAGAAUCUGCUUGGUGUGAUAUUUAUAAAGUAAGCACAAUUGUUGAACAUGAAAAAGAUAACGCUUCUCUAAAAAUGAUAAAGAAAUAGAAGUUUAGUGUAGUUGAGACACAAAUUUUUAGAUCCAUACAGCUGGAAAGUAUUUACGCAAAAACUUAACUAGAUAUGAUUUCCGUUAUAAGCUAACACUAGGUGGAAAAACACUAAAAAUCAGGAAGUUCAGAACUCCUCAUAAGUGAAAACCUAUGAUAUUACACCAGUAAGGAUCUAGGAGGCUCAAGGUUUAAUAUAUGUAGACUGAUAAUGUAGAAUACCAUGAAGAAAAGGAUAUCAUUGUUUUUAAUAUGAGUGGUGAUCAAAGACUUUUUUAAUAUGAAGAUGAUGUAUACUAUGAACCAAGUUCAAUUAGACUAACAUCUGGUAAGUGGAUCCACUUUACUAUGUCAAGUACGAUGCCAAUCAACUGUUUACUGCUCAUUAGAUUUCGGUGGUCACCUGGUUAUAGUUAGUUCAAAAAAGACUGUUUCACUCGCUAAAACGUUUAAGAUAAGUUGUAGCACUUAUUGCAAGUAUGCCUUGUUUUAGUCGGUAUUCUUAGUUACGUCCGACUUUAACUGUAACUUUGAUUGGUUGACAUCUGUAUUUUACACAAUAAGGUUUUAGGGAACUCUAUUAUUUUGAUCAUACAUCAAAUUAAGUUUGAAAAUUAUUUGGAAAGAAAGAGUAUGAAAUCAACAACAUUUCUAUAUAACAACCCAUUUUGGAAUCGAACUAAAAAUCAAACAAUCUCGUGGCUGUAUUACAUAUUCAUUUCGUAAACACUGCACUUCAUCAGUGUAGACCAAAGUUUUUUUGAUGAGAGUCUAUAAUGAAAUACAUAUAUAUACAUAUAUUUUCUUUUUUCACAAUCAGUACUGCUUAAUAUUACCGCUUAUCAUAAAUAUAUCGAACAUACAAUCUUAAUAACUGUUAGUCAUAUAAUGUAACUAGUUGUUCUGUUUCUAUGAGUUGUGACACAUUUCAUUUGAUUAAGCAUUGUUUUAUUAGGCAUUCUUAUUGGUUGUCUUGUUAAAAACUCAUCCUAAUUCGGAACUCAUCAGUAUUGUUGUGCGAUGACAAAAUCAGUUAGUUGAAAUUAUUUUCGUGACUAAUUUGCUACCCUGAUUAAAAACUGCUAUCAGUAACAGUGAUAAUAAUUUCAUAUUGUUACAAACUGAUUGAAGUUUUAACCCAUCAACUAUUAGAUUCUAAGCAAAGAUGGAUGGUGGCUAGUAGUGGAAUCCAGGACGCGCGUUUCUUCCUAUUUGGGACUCGUCGGAUGGAUGUACCUGCAUCCCACAGUUGAUAUUCACUGGGAUAUUCAAUGGGAAGUUCCAAAUAAACAAUACAAAAUGAAUUUAUUCAGUUCUAACUUCCAAAAUGAGAAAAAACACAUCCCACAAAACACUCUGGUUCUGUUAUCAGUUUUGUCAAUUCAUCGUACGAUAAUCAAUAAAACCGUCGAAACUCAGUUUUUGAUGUAGACGUAAUUUGGGUGAAUAUGUAGCACAAUGGAUUUUCGUCUUCACUCAACUGAAAAACUUACGAUACCUACAUCAUACUGUUUUACAACGUUAGAUUUUUGAUAACUACGCUCAAAUCAGUAACUGUGGUAAUAGGGGGUGAUGUUAAAAAAAUGUAUCGAAUAAACUGCUUCUGGAGGAUGCACACUAAGAAAAAAGCUAUUGAUCAAAUAACAAUUUGUAUCGAAAAUCUAACACGUGUCUGAUUUAUUAAAAAAAAUUUUUAAUCUGUGCUUCCUGGUUUUCCACGGUGGUCUAGCUUUAAUUAACUCAUGAAUUCAACUAUUGAAAUAACUACAAUCUCCAUAAAACCUCUUUUUGAUAAUAAUCAUCAUGUGCUCAUUAGUGACCAGUAGAGAUCAACCGGGUCUGUUGUGAGAUAGUAACUCACUGAUGACAAUAGUAGACGGUAGCGCAAUCUCGUGGAUUAUUUGAGGUUAGACAUUGAAACCGUUGGAUGCCAGCCCAGUGGUCUAGAGGUUGAGCGAUCGCGUGCGAGUCCGAAGGUUCUGGGUUCGGGCCCCGCGAGUGGGAUCGUGGAUGCGCACCGUCGAGGAGUCCCAUACCAGGACGAAACAGCCAUCCAGUGCUUCCAGGUCUUCCAUGGUGGUCUACCUUCAAUUGAUUCAUGAUUUCAACUACUGAAAUUGAUAAUAUCAUCCUUAAUGUAUUAUUUGUAAUGUCCACUUUUAGGAUAAUUUACAUCACAAAGUGACUGUACAUUAAUCACUAUCGAAAUAAACUAUGAAUGAUUAAAGAAGUGUUUUUUUCUAAACUUUUAGUCAGUUUGUACUUACGACCCAUCUAGAGAUAAAAGAAAGAAAAUUGUUAAAAUAGCCAAAACAUUUGCUUUUUAACCGGUUUAUUAAAGAAUUAGUUAACUACCUCAUUCAAAUUAUACAGAGUAGUUUUUCUCUUCAUUACAUUUUUAUCUGUAAAAGGAUAUCAAAUAUACUCUAGUAUUAGAAAAUAUUAUAGUUUUACUACAGGUGAAUACCAUACUUUGGAUUUGGUUAAUUUAAACGAAAAAUAUGACAAUAAUUAUGUAUGCUCUACCUAGACUCCUUACACUAGAAUAUAUAUACUGAAUAAUUUGAAUCAUUAAUAGUAUUUCUUUUAAACCUGGAUAUAAUGUAGAUGCAUCUGAGAAAAUAUAUUGGAAGUGAACUAGCUAAUUACACAAGUAUAUAUGCAUGUUGAUAGGAUGUAAAUAAAUUUGUGUUGUUAAGAUAAAAGAAAAAUCGAUUUCAUGGAACUUCUCAAUGAUGAAGUAAAAUAUUAAUGAAUUUGAGAAAAUCAUAUUUUUGGGUGAACAUGUUCAACAAUUACAUCAUUAUCAAUAUGGUGAUUGUAAGAAAUUGUUAAGAUUUUGAUUGAGAUCAUGAACCGAUUGAUGUUAGACCACCAUUGAAAACCUGGAAGCAGUGGACGGCCGUUUCGUCCUAUCGUGGGACUCCUCAGAAGUGCGCAUCCAAGAUCCCGCUCUCGUGACUCGAGCCCAGGGCCUUCAGUCUCGCACGCGAACACUUAACCUACUGAACCACUGAGCCGGCAUCCAGUGGUGUUAAUGUCUAGCCUCAACCAAUCCACGAAAUUGCGCGACCACAAUAGGACGAAACGGCCGUCCAGUGCUUCCAGGUUUUCAAUAGUGGUCUAACAUCAAUCGGUUCAUGAUCUCAAUAAAAAAUUACAUCAUUAUCGUACUUGAUUUGUUAAAAUUACUGUUUUACUGUUUUAACAAUAUUAAUUUAAACUUUUUCAGGUGAUGACUAAGAUAUUUAUUAAGCUGACUGAAAACCUACACAAAAACUAUUUCAAACUCAUUAUUUGAUGUAGAUAUUAUUAUGAUAUUCUUUUCAACUUUUUAACAUACUUUAAGAAUUAGAUUAGAUAUACCAGUUUUAAAAGUGAAUUUGUCAGAAGGAAGAAAGAACUCUGAAUCAGUCUCUUUUAUUUUAUGUUCCAAUGGAUAUAUUCCGUUUACCUAUCAAGUUGACAAACAGAAUGUGUAUUAGUAUCAGAAGGGAUUUUUGUGGAUAUUAUAGUAAUUUUAAUGGUUGAAAUCAUGAGUCAAUUGAAGCUAGACCACCAUGAAAAACCUGGAAGCACUGGACGGCCGUUUCAUCCUACCACAGGACUCCUCAGUGGCAAUGCGCACCCAUGAUCUCGCCUCUCGAGAUUCGAACCCAAGACCUAUCGGUUUCGUGCACGAGUACUCAACCACUAGACCACUGGGCCAGCAUCCAACGGUGUUAUCGUCUAACUUCAACCCAUCCACAAAAUCGCGUUACCAUCCACCAUUGUUUUCCGUGAGUUAAUAUCUCACAACAGACCUGGUUGCACUCCACUAGUCAUUGCUUCUCACUAGAACUCCAUGAAAUACCUCUUGAAACCAGUUACUAGUGAGUAUAUGUUGAUUAAUAUUAGAAGGGAUAUUCAUUUUUAAUCUUUUUUGAAUUGAUCAUCAUUAUAUAUUAGUAAAUAGAUCAAACUAUCAAUGAUAAUACUUUCAUUACAAAUUUGAUAAAACUGUUACAUUUCAUCUAACCAUCGAGUAAGUAACGCAGUUGUUAGGACACAGGUACUAGGUAAGGAUGGCAAAUCAGUGGAUAAAGUAGUGAAACUUCAUCAGUUGAGAUGGCUGGGACACGUAUUACGUACGCGCGAUCACCGACCGCCUCAAUGUGCGAUGUUCAGUGGUAUAGGAGUAGAUUGGAAGAAAGCUAGGGGUGGCCAGACCAAAACAUGGCACAUGUCCAUGAAGUCACUGACAAGUGGACUGAGACAUGUUGGUAGGUGUAGACUACCUUGUUGGGAUCCACGAGACAACACCAACCGAUGGUUAGAGGCCCUGAAUGGCAUGGCUCAAAAUUGUUUGCGGUGACGCAGGUGAAUCCACUCUUUGUGUUCUCCCAAAUUCUAAUCUUCUGAAUUCUUCAUGUCCCUUUUUUUCUCUUUCUAAAUUUAUUUCACUGGAUUAUACUCCUUGAAUAUCAUCUUGAAACCCUAAUGUUUACGAUUACUGCUUAUACUUUUACUACCUCUACCAAUAUGGGAUUUGAAUCGACAAAUGCAUCUGUGUGCUAAUGUGGUAUGGCAGCUCGAACUAAUGUACGUGCGUACGAAGUUCUACGUUGUUACUGACUGGCCUGACUGACAUCUAGCAUAAUAAUAUGCACUCAUUUUUUUAGGUAUUAUAACUUAUUUAGUAUUCUUUUCUAUAAUAAUAAAGGAAAUAUUGAAUGUUUUACAAUAAAAGUGUAUAAUAAUAUUAUAUGAUGUAAUAAAUAUUCGAUUCAAUGUUAAUAUUCAUGCACUUUUUCAUUCAUUCAUGUUGUUAUACGUCACAAUAUUCACGUUUCAAUAAUUUUCUUUAUAUGCACUGACUAGACAAUAUUUAACCCCUCAGUACAAAAAUACCAAAAAAGAAUAAAUAAAGUGGUUAAAUGUCUAAAUGUAAUUUGAUUAGUUUACAAUGUAUUAAAUAAUGAAUAAAUUGUUUAUAUAAUUGUGAACUUUUGAAAUCAUUAAAUUUAUAUUUAGAUUAGAUUAUUAUAAUAGAAUUAUUUAAAUGAACCAUUAUUUCAUUUAGAUUUUUCUUAUAACUUAUCACUUCCUAUUUUGUUCAAGUUACACAUGUACAUAAUAAAAUAAACAUCGAUGGAUUCCAGUUCAGUGGUCUAGAGGUUGAACAAGACCAGAGAUCCUGAGUUCGAGUCCCGUGUGUGGACGAAACGGUCGUCCAGUGCUUCCAGGUUUUCAAUGGUGGUCUAGCUUAGAUCGACUUGUGAAUUCAACUGUUAAAAUACAACAAUCUCCACAAAUCCCCAAUACUGAUAAUGUGUAUAAAUUGAGUGACAAAAUAACACUGUAAACGAAAUGAGUGUUUUGGUUAUACUAAACCUUGAUUAUAAAUAAAGUUUAUUGACAUUUUUUCUUUGUUAUGAGAAUUGUUAUAAGCAUGUGUGCCUACAAUUUAGUAGUCACAUUUACGCGAUCAAGCGUGUUCUGUAAACGUGAUAAAAUAAAAAAAUAUUACACAAUCGAAUGCAUAAGGUGACCAAUCAAAUUAAAGUAAAUAUGUAAACAUACUAUAUUGUAUUCUUUCAUUUAAAUAUUUAGUACGAUUACAAUAUACUGAGUUUUAUUAUCUAAUAUCCUGGUACUAAUCCAGUAAGAAACUACAUCUAAUGUUUUACCUGAAGUAAAUUUAGGAACCCAUGAUUUGUGUGGAAAGAAAAAGAGACAGUAACCGUAAAGGGACAUGAGGCAUAUACUUUAAGGGCUGUUUUAUUUCAAGUAACUGAAUAUCCUUCACUGUGAGAAUGGAUGGAAAUUCUCUGAAGAUCAGUACAGAACCUCAUAAAUGUCAGUUUUACAAUUCUUAAACUGAAAAUCACUAAAGAUAUCACUUGAUUGAAAGGAAAUUUUUUCGUUCACUUUUUUCUAUUUUACCAAGUAUAAGGAAGGGAAUUUUCACCGUUUCAUCUUCUCUUGAAUAAAUUUCUUUCAUCAAGACUAAUUUAAAAGAAAAUAAUUGUCAAUUAUACUAGUUAUUAUAGCAACGGGAAACUAUUGAUCUUUUUAUUUGAGAAUAACUACAUUGUAACAUUAAAAUGAGGGUAGGGAGUAAUUAUUUCAUCUCACAGAGAUUCCCUUAUUAUAAUCAUAGUACUCAUUGAAGAGUUAAGGCUAUUUUCUUAAUUUAUGAGUUAUAAAAAAUCAAUAGUAAAGAAAUCUUUUCGUCAUUAACUUGCCCUCGAUCUUCUAAAAGUCGACAUUUUAUCCAGUGACACUGAUCAGUCAUAGUUUCUUAUCCUAGUUAAGCGAACGCCCUGGAAACACCCUUCAGUUUUAUUAUUAUCAUUAAAAUUUACUGACUGUACUUCAGGUGUAAAUUAUGUACAUCAGAUAUUAUUACCCGGAACUAUUUUCACUAUACUUAUUUUUGAACUCAUUAAUUUGGAUGAUAAACAAGAGCUUUAUCGGCUAUCAUUACUGUUAGUGAUUCUUUCUAAUUCAUAUUCAUCGACUUAAAAAAUAAACUAUUUAAUCGUAAAACUAUUUUCCUAAGGAAAAAGUCAUCAGAGCGAAGAAUUAUUACUUUUCAAUUAGGUAUUCACUAAGGCUCCAUACUGAAUUAUGCGUUUUAUAAUAAUCAUGUAAUCAAUACAAAUCAAAUGUUUUUUUUUCGUAAUUUUCAGAUUAUACACUUAGUAAGCCUCAUGGGUACAGUACCAGUUGGAUCAUAUUGGACAGGGGGUAAAUUAAUGAGACCAAGACAUACUGGAGUGGAUGGUGAAAAUGCUACUAAGUGGAAAGUGAUGUUAAACUGGUCGGAUGGUCGAACUGCUCCUGCAAAAAUAUUGGGUAUAACUGAUGAUGAUGCAAAUAAUCUUGUAGAGGGUAUGACUUAUUGUCUGUCAUUAGAUAUUGCACGACUUACAUGGCAAGCUCGUGAUUGUGAACACCGUUUGCCUUAUGCAUGCUUGAUUACUAGUCGAAAUGUUUUAAUUCAAACUACCACUAGUAAUUCAUCAAUAGUAGUUAAGACACCACAAGAAAUAAAUAGUACACAAAUUUCUGCUAAUCACAAUCAUGUUAUUUCAAAACGUCGUGAAACGGCACUCGAAAAUUCUACUACAGUUAUUAACACUUCAGUAAAUACUAAUCAUUCAGAGAACAGUCAGACGAUUUCACCUUUACUGGAGUCCACUAAAUCUACCCCAGCAAGCAUAACCAUAACACCAAAUAAUACAGAGAAUUCAACUCUUGUGAUAAAUUUUAACGUGUCAACUGAGAUUCAGAAUACUUCACAGAUGGAUACCACAACCCCAUCUAGUUCACGUUCUAUAGUAACUGAGGAUAAUAAUUUUAACCAAAAUGGAAAGACCGUUUCCGAGUCAACGAUCCAACUUAAUGAGCAGCGUGUACAAUUUAAAGAACCCGCCUCUGAAACUAAUCAAACUUUCAGUGUUCCUUCUCUUCCUAAAGCUCAGGUAUUGGGUAGUAAUAGUGAUGAUGAUGAUGAUGAUGACGAUGAUGAUGAUGACGAUAAUGAUGGUGAUAACAGUGGUCGAAAUGAUUCAAACCCUUUCAGUUCAAGUGGAUUUCCGAUAACAGAUCUACAAUCGAUAUUGAGCGACAUUGGAAAGUUACAUACAACACAACCACCAUCAGCAGAAACUACUACUACUGCCACUCCCACAACUAUUAGUACUACCACAGCUGCUACUACUCCCACCACUACUAUUACCACCCCUGCUACCACUACUAUUACUACUGCUACUACUACUUCCACUACUGCUACUCCGACCACUACUACUACCACUAAUACUAUUCCUGGUAAUGAUUCUAACAAUACUACUGCUUCUACUAAUACCAAUACCACUACUAUUACUACCACCCCUACUGCCCUUACUAUUACUACUACUCCCUCUGGUACUACUGCUACUACUUCCACAACUACUACUACUUCUACUACUUCUACUACUGUUACUACGACUCCUAUCACUACUACUACUACUACUAUCACCCCUGCUACUUCUACUGUUACUACUUCUACUACUUCCGCUAAUACUACUGCUGCUACUUCCACUACUCCUACCACAACCACUGCUACUACUACUAUUCCUGGCAAUGCUUCUGCAAACAUUACUGCUACUUCUACCACUAAUCCUACCACCACUACUAAUAUUCCUGGUAACAAUUCUACCAGUACUACUGCUUCUCCUAAUAAUGCCAUCACCACUACUACUACCACCACCCCUGCUACCUCUACUAUUACUACUGCUACCACAACAACGACUAAUAAUGAUAAUAUUACUAUUACUGCUAAUAUUACUACAAGCACAACAACUACUCCUACUACUAUUACUGCUGAAAUCACUACAAGUACUGCUAAAGUCAGUGCAAAAUCAUCUACAGAAGAAACUAGUGAAGACGUCGAGAUGUCAAGUGAAACAACAUAUGCAUCAAAUACUUCAGAUAACACGUCGUUAAAUAAUUCCUUUGAGGAAAUGACAACCUCUACAACACCUGAAACAAACUCACCGGAAUCGACUGAGGUAAUGAUACAAACAAAUAACGGAUCAGAGUCUUUGAUGACAACAGUAUCCAAUUCGACGGUAAAUGUUGAAACAGAACCAACGCCACUACUCGGAUCUGAAGAACUAACGAUAUCCACAUCCGAGUCAUCAGAAGCGGGGAUCUCAUCUGUGUUAACAACACCAGUGUCAUUCCAAUCGACGGCAACAACUGAGUCGACGACGCCUUCAGGAUCUUCACCAACAGAGACAUCUACAUCACCAACCACGAAGAUUCAGAGUUCAUUACCACUGUCAACAAACGAACCAUCCCUAUCAACAACAUCUAUGGAACUUCAAUCAGUAAGGACAUCUGAGGCCAUAACAUCAACAACAUCCCAAUUAAAUACAUCAACAGGACCAAACACAACUCUGGAAUUAGAGUCAACAGAAAAUAAAUCUGGAUCUAAUACGACUAUGUUAUCACAGCCAACGACCUCAUCUGUAUCAAUGACAGCAACAGAGUCUACGGUUAUGGAAACCAUAUCCUCUGAAACAGGAACUAGUUAACAUAAUGAGAGAAAGUAAUUUUUGAUUGAAUUAUUUUACAUAAUUGACUAACUAUUUAAACGAGUUCAGUUGUAAUACUAAGUUACAAAAUUUUCAAUAUUGUAUUUUUCUUAUAUUCAAAGAUAAAUGAUGUUCUAAUAAUAUUGUUUUCCUCAAACAAAACGUUAAGUUACAAUAUCUUUUGUAAUUCAUUACAAGAAGAUCCUUAUAGUUUACAGAAACAGAAUUGAAUAUAAAUUCAGGUAUGAAAUAUUUGUAAUCGUAGAAGUUAAAAACCAUUGAGUUUUUUUCGUUUGUUGACGCCUUCUAUACUCAUAGUAGGUAAUAUUAUCUUUACGAACAAUUAUAUUGUUUCAUAUAACCAGUCAGUUUGCUAAAAAUAAAUAGAUGAUCUUUAAUAUUUUGAUACAUUUAUCAAAUAUCGUGUUAUUGAACUCAGUUAUGCCAUUUUUUAAUACCCCGUAUAGUAUAUUUUAAUCAAUAUUUAAAACGAGAAUUUGAUCCUGUAAAUGCGGAAAGCUAAAAAUACAAAUUAAACUAUCAAAUUAGUA